CGCGUAGUCACCGGCAGAUUGACUAUUGACCAGAGUCCACGAUGUGCGGUGUUUUUCAAGCUGAGAUACAAGGACAAACUAUGCAUUUUUAAGUAGAAUAAAUAUUACAUUUAUUUGUAGAUCUGUCCACUGUUAUUCAUAACUUUCGGUUACUGUUAUACUGAGUUUUCCUGUUUUGAGGACAGAGAAGGCUGUUAGCUUAGCCUUUUAGCUAGCUAACAUUAGCAACAGGCCAAAUCGUGUGGAUUUCAGCUAGCUGAACCAGCUCAACUCAAAAUGAAGUGUCAUUACGAGGUGUUGGGUGUCAAAAGGGACGCGACUGAUGAUGAUAUGAAGAAGGUAUAUCGGAAAUUAGCCCUGAGAUGGCAUCCAGAUAAGAACUUGGACAAUGCAGAUGAGGCAGCUGAGCAGUUCAAACUGAUCCAGGCAGCCUAUGAAGUCCUGAGCGACCCACAGGAGAGAGCCUGGUAUGAUAACCACAGAGAAGCUCUCCUUAAAGGUGGGGUCAGCGGGGAGUAUGCUGAUGAAAGUGUGGACCUUGUUCAGUUCUUCACUGUCACCUGUUACUCUGGUUACGGGGAUGAAGAGGAGGGUUUCUACACAGUGUACAGGAACCUGUUUGAGUCCAUAACUACAGAAGAGAUGGAUCACAGUAAAGAGGAGGACGAGGAGGAAGAUGAGUUUCCUUCGUUUGGAGACUCUCAGAGUGACUAUGACACGGUUCACCUCUUCUACGCCUACUGGCAGAGCUUCUGCACACGGAAGAAGUUUGCUUGGAAGGAGGACUAUGACACGAGGCAGGCUUCCAACCGCUGGGAGAAGAGGGCCAUGGAGAAGGAGAACAAGAAGGUUCGAGACAAGGCCAGGAAGGAGCGCAGCGAGCUAGUGCGUCAACUGGUGGCGUUUGUGCGAAAGCGCGACAAGAGGGUGCAGGCCCACAAGAAGCUGGUGGAGGAGCAGAACGCUGAGAAGGCCAAGAAAGUGGAGGAGCUACGACGCAAGCAAAAGCUGUCCCAGGCCAAACUGGCGGAGGAUUACAAGGAGCAGAGCUGGGUAGCUAUGUCUGAGAUGGAGAAGGAGCUGCAGCAGAUGGAGGCUCAGUACGGAAAGGAGUUUGGAGACGUGUCAGAGAGCGAGGAGGAGGACCAGGGAAGAGGGGAUGAACAGAAAGAUGAGACCGAGGAACUUCUGGAUGACUAUUAUGAUGACCUGUACUGCCCUGCAUGUGACAAAUCCUUCAAAUCAGACAAGGCAAUGAAGAAUCAUGAGAAAUCAAAGAAACAUAGAGAGAUGGUGGUAUUACUACGGCAACAACUGGAAGAAGAGGAUGAGACCCUCGGUCUGAAGGAUGAGGAUGGGGAAGAGGAGGAUGAAGAACUAGAAGAAGCACCAAGACAAAAGCUGUCUAAAAAGCAGAAGAAGAAAAAGAGACAACAGCAAAAUGGGCGGAGCCCCACAGAGGAGGUAGUCGGGAAGGAUGUGGCCCCAGAGCCCCCCUCCACCCCCACAGAGGAGGUAGUCGGGAAGGAUGCGGCCCCAGAGCCCCCCACAGACAAUAGCCCAGAGAGCCCUCUAUCAACACAGACCAGCGGUGAGGCAGAGGACCCCCAGCCUGCCUCAGAGCCCCAGCAGGCAGCUGCGGACAAACCCUGUGAGGACCCAACAGAAGACAGACAGCAGGAGGAAGACCUCACAGCCACAGAACCAAAGAGCUCUGGAAAGACAAAGGGGAAGAAGAAUGGAGGAAAGGACAGCAAAAAGAAUGUCCAACCACAGGGAGGAGUGGAGAAAGGAGGAGCAGAGGUUUGUACCAACCACAGGGAGGAGUGGAGAAAGGAGGAGCAGAGGUUUGUACCAACCACAGGGAGGAGUGGAGAAAGGAGGAGCAGAGGUUUAUACCAACCACAGGGAGGAGUGGAGAAAGGAGGAGCAGAGGUUUGUACCAGCCACAGGGAGGAGUGGAGAAAGGAGGAGCAGAGGUUUGUACCAACCACAGGGAGGAGUGGAGAAAGGAGGAGCAGAGGUUUGUACCAACCACAGGGAGGAGUGGAGAAAGGAGGAGCAGAGGUUUGUACCAACCACAGGGAGGAGUGGAGAAAGGAGGAGCAGAGGUUUGUACCAACCACAGGGAGGAGUGGAGAAAGGAGGAGCAGAGGUUUGUACCAACCACAGGGAGGAGUGGAGAAAGGAGGAGCAGAGGAGCUGAACCUGCGCUGUGUGACCUGUCACUAUGAGUUCUCUACCAGGAACAAACUGUUUGACCACCUGAAGACAACAGGACACGCUACAGCCGUGUCACACGGUGGCAGUGCACCCGCUACGGUCAAGAGCAAGAAGGAGAAGAGGAAGAAUAGAUGAUGGGGGAUACAAGAGGGGCCAAAGACUAACACCAGCCACUUGGGCUGUAGAGAUGGACUACUGUCUUACUAUAUAUUAUAGGAGGCCACUCAUGGUAUUGAAGGCCUGGAUUCGUUUGUUUUUUAAUGUUAAAGAUUGUCUGAAAAGGAGUUGAAGACUGUCUGAUUGCUGUUUUUAGGUUUUUGCAUGUUAGAAAACAAUCAAGACGUCCAGUCAUGGAGGACUGGACGUUGCCUGGUGAUCCUGCGUAGCCAACUCUUAUGGUCGUUGUCAUGCCAAAUGACCAUAGCAGUUGGCUUUGCAGCACAAACAGAUCUGAGACCUCCGGGCUAGACUGGACAAAGGAGUUGAAGAGGAUGUUUUUGUCUGGCCAGCCUCCACACCUUCUGUGUCUGGAGGUCUGUCUCAGGGUUGCCCCCUAGAGAUAAUGUAAGGAAGUGAGCCAAGUCCAACUGAUAUCUACUCCACCCUUCCAAUAUGACCAUGUUAGAGGUGCUGCCACUGUACCUGCUCAGAAGUACAUGCUGCAGAAUUCAGCAUUGUGUCGACGUCCAUUUUGUGUCGACUGAUCCUUUUGACGUUUUGGUCAGAGACAUUAAAGCAACUGGACGUUAAUUCCUGUUUUGAACGGGUACUGUGAUGCUGCUGCUCACUCAACUCUAUAUUUAUUCAAAUAACAAUCUGACUCCACUCCACAGCUUCCACUUUCUUAUAAAAAAAAAGAUACUGCAUAAAACACUGACACAUUUCAUUGAAUUUGCCUGUAAAGAACAAGGCCCUCACACUGUUAAAGCUCUCAAUUCAACGCUUUAUUGACAACGGAUCUUUGUCAGGUUAUUUACCUUCUGUGACGAAGACAUGUUUUGGAUAGAAACAGUCAGAGUGGUGUAUUGGGAGCUUUAGUGUGUGGGCCUUGUUCUUAAUUAGCCCAGAGCCUAAGGAUGUGCAUAUAACUUAACUUUUCAUUGAAUUUGCCGCCAUGUCUGAUGAAUAAAUGGUUCAUGUUUAUGGCUCACUUCAAAUCUA